CGCGACUUCCGCCGCGCUCAGCUUUGAAACGGCCGCUACCCCAGAUGAGCUGAAUGAUCCCGAGACGCCACAUUGCUCAUAGACAGAACGAACCCGCGUGCAUUCUUACGGGACUUUUGUCCAAUUCACGGCGCUCGAUGUUGACGCCCAGAGAGCAACACCAUGAGCGAACCUACACAGACACCCCCGAGCCUCCGCGAUCCACCGGCCGAUAUAUCACACGAUGCGCCAGCGCCUGAAACCCCCGCGGAGAAGAUAGAACAGCCGAAAGACGCGCAGAGCACACCGUCCAUAGACCUGAAAGCGCUCACGGACUGCGCGCUUCGUUUCCUCGCGACCGCGAGUAACGAGACCCUGGGCGCAUGUCUCGUCGGCCUGGGCGCGGGCACGUAUCUAAUACUAGGAAGAGUCGGAUUGCUUCUCAUUGGUGUCGUGGGGGGAGUAAUGCUCCAUGCGACAUGGGAAGGGCACACGCAUGGCGGCGAGGGCCAGAACCAGGGGCAAUCCCCAGGAGGGAGGCGGCGAGAACUGGGAGCAGACAUUGCGCACAGAGUGCUCGACUGGCGGGAAACGAAAGGGAGGGGCAAAGGGAGCGAGGACGAUGAAUCCAACCUAGAUGUGAAGCUGUAUUCGGGGAAGGAACUGGACUUCUCAGACUUCCGACCGGAGACGGCGGCAGCGCUCACUGAGCUAACGGAUGCUGUUAUUCGGGACUACGUCAAGUGGUGGUACUCGCCAAUCUUACCAACCGAAACUUCAUUUCCCAGUUCGUGCCGACAGACGUUGACUGCCUUCUUACUCUCCGUAUCCGCCCACCUCUCUCGGAAGCGACCCGCCGACAACUUCGUCGACUUCGUAACGCGCUCGUCCUCGUUCACGAUCAUAAUAUUCCAAGAGCUUUCAAAUGCGAUAAUGGCCUCCCCAGGCGAUGCUGCCUCGCAAGCCGUAGACAUAUAUCUCAAGAUGAAACGGGGUAGUACGCUGGCGAACAUUCUGGAUACCGACUAUCAGAUGAAGCAGUUCAGCGUCGCUGCCGAGGACAUACUCCAGAAUUACUUGGAACCCAAGACAUACAACUGCCAGCCCGCGCGGAUAUUCCUCCACCAGAUGUUGGCCAAAGUCGUUCUGGAAAUGAUAGUAGCCAGCUGUUCGAAGCCCGAGUGGAUUAAUGGCUGGAUCGUUUAUCUCUUGGAAGAUGGCGAGCCUGAACUCAUGAACGCCAUCGACGCUGGCGUCGAAGGCUCUUCCCCGCAGCUGCAGAACGUAAAGGAUAGCGUGGAGAAGCGGGAGAAAGCGCUUGAUUCGGAAGCCUCCGCGGAGGCGCGGCAGCACAAGCGAGUCGUGAGCAAGGCGCAACAGGCCAUGGAUGCAGCCAUGCAGGAAGCUCAACGCUUGAGCCAGAUGAUUGCCGAAGAGGAUGCGAGGAGGCUGAAGGAGCAGCAGAGCGCAUCGAAUACAUCCCUGAACGACGACCAGUCGGAAAGCACUACACAAGGAAUCGUCACUCCAACAUCAUCCCAGAGCGAAACGCUGGUUGACAACGACGCGUCGGCGUUAGGCAUCUCCAAUCUUCCGUCACAUGCUGCAUCAGAUAUCAGUCCGCCAUCGCCUAACAAAAUCGCGGAAGAACCGCCCAAACAAGAAGUAAAGAGAGCUUUCACCAGCUUCGAUCAGCUCCUUCCGAACAACCCUCCCACAGCGCUUUUGGCGAACCCGCCAUCAGUGGAAAGACCACCGCCACUGACUCUUUACAACAGCAAGAUGUCCAUCUUCGAUGAUGCGAUGCCUGGAGAGAAGGGCACCAUUAGGAACAAGCCUACCGUGGAGUAUCUCAUUCAGAUCGAGCCGGCUUCCCAUCACCACUCCGGAUGGAUGACAGCGAGGAAGUAUUCUGACUUCGAGACCCUGCAUGAAGUGCUCAGACGCAUAGCUCCCAUCACGGGCUCAACCGGCUUCACUGAAGCGCACAAGGAGCUGCCAGCAUGGAAAGGGCACACUAAGGCAUCGCUGCGUGGGGAGUUGGAGCGGUAUCUGAACGAUGCCACACAGUUCAAGCCACUCGCAGAAAGCGAGGGCAUGAAGCGCUUCCUCGAAAAGGAGAUGGGCUCCGGCAAGUCCCCUGGUGCGGGGAGUUUGUGGCCUGGUCAAGCCUUCGAGACGAUGGGCAAGGGCAUGAUUGAUGUCCUCACAAAAGCACCCAAAGAAGUCGCUGGAGGUGGGAAAGCACUGUUCGGUGGCGUUACCAGCGUUCUGGGGAGCGUCGCAACGCCUCUUGGGGGUGCAAAAGGAGCGAAGAAGAAUCGUGACUCGGUUCUGAAUAACAGCUCCGGCAAUCUACCUCGUUCAUCCACGGCCCCAAGUCCGACACCACAGACCCGCCACGGCCGCGCAGAAAGCACCGUCUCAGAACUGCCAACCCACAUCCGCACCGAAAGCACCAUGUCCUUCGCGGCGAAGCGCACAAGCACCGAAUCCCUCCGUACCUCCAAUUCUCCGAUCAUUGACCAGCAACCCCAGCGCGAAGCCCCAAUGGAACGCCGCCCAAGCUACAAUCCGGAUGGCGACGGCAAACGCUCGGGCCGAUCCUCCAUCUACGGCGCAUCACGCAGCAACAGCCGGGCGCCCUCAGCGCGCGAAAGCAUCGAUCUCUCCCCCGUCAUGGGUGGCGAUCAGAUUCUCAACCUCCCGCCGAUGCCCUCCGAAAUCCCGGACGACUACACCACCGGCUCGCCAUCCCGUACAUCCCUUGACCCCUACCACUCCCGGCAACCCUCCCGCGCCUCAACAAGCUCCCUCCCCCUCUCCCCAGAGCCCGUCCCACCUCUCCCCCGCCGCCCUUCCGCCAUAUCUCUCACCUCCUCCAACCACUUACCACCCCCUCCACCAACCUCCCCACCAAAACCAAAAACCCCACCCCGCCCCAAAUCCUACGCCCCCCUCUCCGAACAAGAAACCACCGUCCUAAUCGAACUCUUCUUCGCCGUCACAAACGAACUCUACACCCUCUCCUCCGCCUGGUCCCUCCGCCGCACCCUGCUCAACGCCGCAAAGACCUUCCUCCUGCGCCCCGGAAACCCGCAACUGACCUCCAUCCAGGCCCUCAUCCAGUCCACCGUGCUUGACGAGAACACCUCCGACGCGGGGCUCGCCUACCACAUCCGCAAGAUGCGCGCGAACGCGCUGCCGACCGAGGACGAGCUGAAGGCCUGGCCGCCGGAGAUGGACAGCGAGGCGAAGGAGCGGCUGAGGGAGCGCGCGCGGCGCCUCCUAGUCGAGCGCGGCAUGCCGCAGGCGCUGACGAGCGUGAUGGGGGCUGCGGCCAGCGGGGAGGCGUUGGGAAGGGUGUUUGACGCGCUGCAGGUGGAGCGGGUUGCCCGCGGUGUUAUCUUUGGGUUGGUGCUGCAGGCGUUGAGGGGUGUUACGCAGUGAGUGAGCGCGUGAGUGCGUCGGUGUUUUGCAAACGAGUACGUAUGUACAUACGUACGGUAAUGCCCCUCCGUGUAUGAACGGAAUGAACGAGUGUCGAUGAUGUGUAACGGAUUGGAUGGAUGGAAGGGUCGGCAGUCUGGGGUUGGUCCGUCGAUGUCGGCUUGGAGCACAUGCAUGCAUCAGGCGUUACGGUGUGGGCGGCGAUUAUCGGUAUACUUCGCAAGAUGAUGCUUGGAGUCUAUUCAGCAGUAGUGCAUUUGUAAUUAUACGAUAGAUGAGGACGGGCAAUUCCUGGAAUUAUAUUGAUGUUGAGCAUUAGUGCCGGACUCCCCGUGCCACGGAAGCGCCCGUUUGCGAGCCCACAAAUU